AUGACCUCAGAGAAAAUAAAUACUUUAGAGUUGUUUGGAGUUUGGAAACAUGUGGUAAAAGAGACCUCUCUGACCCGGACCUCUCUGACCCGCACCUCUCUGACCCGGACCUCUCUGACCCGCACCUCUCUGACCCGGACCUCUCUGACCCGCACCUCUCUGACCCGCACCUCUCUGACCCGCACCUCUCUGACCCGGACCUCUCUGACCCGGACCUCUCUGACCCGGACCUCUCUGACCCGCACCUCUCUGACCCGGACCUCUCUGACCCGCACCUCUCUGACCCGCACCUCUCUGACCCGCACCUCUCUGACCCCCACCUCUCUGACCCGCACCUCUCUGACCCGCACCUCUCUGACCCGGACCUCUCUGACCCGGACCUCUCUGACCCGGACCUCUCUGACCUGGACCUCUCUGACCCGCACCUCUCUGACCCGGACCUCUCUGACCCGCACCUCUCUGACCUGGACCUCUCUGACCCGGACCUCUCUGACCUGGACCUCUCUGACCCGCACCUCUCUGACCCGGACCUCUCUGACCCGCACCUCUCUGACCCGCACCUCUCUGACCCGCACCUCUCACCCGGACCUCUCUGACCCGGACCUCUCUGACCCGCACCUCUCUGACCCGGACCUCUCUGACCCGCACCUCUCUGACCUGGACCUCUCUGACCCGCACCUCUCUGACCUGGACCUCUCUGACCUGGACCUCUCUGACCCGCACCUCUCUGACCCGGACCUCUCUGACCCGCACCUCUCUGACCUGGACCUCUCUGACCCGCACCUCUCUGACCUGGACAUCUCUGACCCGCACCUCUCUGACCUGGACUUCUCUGACCCGCACCUCUCUGACCCGGACCUCUCUGACCUGGACUUCUCUGACCCGCACCUCUGA